AAACACGUGAUCUUAUUCGCAGGAAUUCUAAUAGGUUAGGUUAGAAUUACAAAGCAAUAUUUUGGUAUUAUUUUAGUGAUUCAUUUUUUGGUCAUCAUUUUUGGUGACAUGUACAGGGAAAUGUUCAAGAUAUCAAUAGUGUGCAAUAAAGGUAGGCUACAUAAAGUUAUUUUUAUGAACUAUAUUAAAUAUUUUAAUCCUUGAUAUGUUACUUAUAUAUAAAAAUAGGAAUAAGUGUUUAUGAAGUUUCCCUUAUUAAUGUGAAUAAUGAAGCGUGUUGAGCCUGAGCGCCAUGUCAGACAUAAAGAGUCAGCAGAUAAAGUUUCCAUAAUCGAGUCCAUAAUAUAAAUUGUGUUCUGGCUCCAGGACUGGAGGGGUUUCACGCCCAUUAGUCCAGUUCAAUGGCUUUAAGUAUGAGCGGUGGAACUCGUGACGGUCAUGAAAUUCCUUUCCUCCCCUCACAGUUCUAACCUUUUCUCAAGUCAGAGAUUUAAGCAAAGAAAAGUGAGACUGAGAGCUUUCGGGAAAGCGCUGAGAAGCAAUUUAGAAGGACCGGACCCUUCACAAUCUAAUUAUCUACUUUGGGUGUAAAAGUCUGGAUGGAAAGAGAUGCCUCGCGGUGACUUCAACGUUUAUUUUGCAAGCAGAGGAGGACAGCAUGUCAGGGCCGAAGAGGCAGCUGGCAUAGCUCUGUUGGUUGUAAUUCUCGCAGCCCUUCUCAUCGUCGGAUGCUGGUAUUUCAAGAGGAGAAGCGGGUACAAAAUGAUCAGGAGCCCAAGAUCAGGGUCCCCGCCAGGAUUCAGUGGAGGACAGUUCAGCCAGCGAAGAGCUGCAGCAGAAAACAAGAUGGGCCUCAGUGAGCUCCGACCUGUGCUUCCCAAUGCCCCUCCUGCCUAUGAGAAGAUCUCAUCAGGACCCCUACCUCCUCCCUACUCGCCCUAAUAACAACAGUCCUCUGUGGGAUAAUCAAAAAGAUGAAACUUCAUGUGUUAUGUCGUUAAACACACGAUCAAACUUGUGAAGAAUAAAUAUUUUGCACUCUAUUCACUAUCACAAGUUUAUAGAAGUAUUCUUCAAUAAAAAAAAAUGUUUUGGGGGGAGGGGACACUGUAGUUUCAUGUUAAUGUUCUGACCUUUUAGCUCCACAAGCUUUUAUUUCUGAAUGCUGCUCAAAGAACAAGACUUUCUAUCAAUCCCUGUAUAUCUAAACAUAACAAUGUUGUACUUUGGAAGUUGUUUGUUCAUUUCAGUGAUCACCUAGCUUCUGCCGAGUCCCCAACAAACCGGAUGUUCCGGUUUUCAGGAGGAAUGGAAAGCGAGCCUGUGACGCAACUUCCGCUUUUGGACGUUUACAAGGCGACGCUCCAUCUUAACUCCUCCUCCACAUUUACUGGAUUGGUUGAACAGUGCAGAAUAGAACCUCCCCGGACUAUUUUGUAGGGGACCUAGUAUCAGGUGUUUAUUUUAUGCCUGCUACGUUACAUUAGUGACAACCAAAUGUGUAGCAGCAAUUGAGAAUUCUUCUGAAGUUAAUGACAACAGCUUACUGGCUUGAUUGUUUGCUUAUAUAUUUCAAAAUGUACUUAUGAGGAUUUGGAAAGUAUACAUUUCAAUAAAGAACACAUAAUAAAAAAUAAAAAACACAAUAAAAAACA